UAUAAUAAACAGCGUGCUUACCUGUUGUGUUUGCAUUUAUUAAAUAGGUUUGGUCGCAAUGGCGGUAAUUCAGUUGGGCGAUUAUAUUGUCAUACAGAGGCAAAAGUAUACAAAAUUGCAAAAAUUUGGAAGUCUCGAUGCGACAGCUACAUUAGGCAAGGAGCAUUUAGAGUUGAAAUCUCUUCUGGAUCAACCAUACGACUCGACAUUUAAGAUGUGUGUUAAAGAGUCCAAGGCGGGCAAACGUGGCGCACAGCGACAGCACAGCCUUGAGCUUUGUAGCGAAAAUGAAUUAAGAAGUAUAAGAGACGUGCUAAAUAUUUCUAGCAGUGGAGCCGACAAUCGGGAUAUUAGCGACAAUGGCGAGGCACAAGCGCUGAAAUCAUCGGACAUCGAGCAGAUGCGUGAAGCAUGCAACGAGUCAAGCAAGAUCAUUGAGAAGCUAGUGGAGAACUCGAAAACGUUUCAUACCCGUACCGAAUACUCGCAGGACAAAUAUCUACUAAAGAAAGAAAAAAAGUAUUUUGAGUUUGUGCAAAUUCGUCAGCCCACCAUACGUCUAAUGGUCGACAUAUUCCAUCGGCAGGAUGCAGAUAAAAUAAUGGGCAUACGUGUGGAUACACUCUCACAAAUUAUAUCAUAUUCAGGCAUAUCUGGAUUUGGCAGCUAUCUGUUGUACGAGAGCGGCACGAAUGGGCUCCUUCCUGCAGCCAUGCUUAAUUCUAUGGGCGCUGCCACAGAUUCCACGCUGGUUCAUAUGCAUCCAGGCAAUGUGCCACAGAAGCAAGCUGUACUGGCUCUAAAAUUGCCUCUCGAACAGCAACAACGGUGCAUCUCUGUUAACUUGUACUCAGUACUGCGUGAAUUCUAUCAAGGCGACAAGCUAGAAACAGUGGAGGUCACGGAGGAGUCAGUAAAGACUGAAGACAACGCAAUAGAACAGAGCGAAGAUAUUGAGCCAAGCAGCAAAAAAUUUAAAUUGGAUGAGUCUCGCAACUUAAGUAAAGGACCUCCGCGCUGGCAGCUGGAAAAUAAACGCGCUGCCACUCUGAUGAAUGACAAAUUCGAUAGUCUAGUAAUGGCUGCCAAGGAGCAUCCUUCGAGUAUAUUGCAAGCUUUGUUGCCACUUAUAAAACCAUCGCGACCGAUUGUCAUCUUUAGCACAUGCAAGGAGCUGCUCCAAGAAACGUACAUGGAGCUAAAGGCAACGGGCAAAGUGACAAAUCUACAUCUAACCUCCAACUGGAUGCGUACAUAUCAAAUACUGCCCAAUCGCACCCAUCCGGAGGUCAACAUGAGCGGUAAUAGUGGCUAUCUGUUGACGGGCUACACGCUAAAAUAGCAGGUGAUAUCAGGAAGGUCAAGUAGGAUCAUUUAAGUCCACGAAAGAGGUGGAGAAAGGAUAUGGAUAUGAUCCAGUGUACGUAUUCCUAUGUUUGCCUUAGAUAAAUGAAUAUCUAAACGAAUGUUUUGUUUAAGUCAGAAAAGAACUGUACAGUCGGCAGGAAAUGUAAUAUUUUGUCUAAAAUAUAUCAAAUCUAUGCUCGAGAACACUUUUUAAAAUAUAUUCUCUUACAAUCUAGCUUUAA